AUGGCAGAUCGGCUUGGCUCACAUGCUAUCGAGGAUCAUCAGGACCCUGAUACGGCUCAACUCAGCCUGAAUGCUGGUUCCGACAGUGAGCAACUUUCAACAGCUGAGUCUGAGAGGCCAUCACCACCUGAGACUCAGAGUCUCCCAAUACCUGAGACAGAACCCUCCCGGGCUCGAAGACUGUUUCCGUCUUCGAGGUCAGUAGCAGCAGCGUUUCUAGAGUCUCUUCCCAUCGUCAAACCGGACAACUUGCCAGAAAACUCUCAAGACUGCCACAUCUGCAAAGAACGCUUUGACAACCAGGACCCAGGGGUGGUGCCAAACAAUGAAUUUGCAGUGAAGCUACCAUGCGAUCACAUCAUGGGAUCCAAGUGCCUCGCAAAAUGGUUCGAAAGCAAUAAUUCCUGUCCUAUGUGUCGUGCAGCCUCCUUCAGCCAGGAUGUGUCACCACACGCGGAGCUGCUAGGUGCCUUGCAUUUACACUUAUUGUCAUGGUCGGCAACCUCAAGGCACCUGGCACGCGAAGAGCAAAGAGAGACACUAGCGGCUUCCGUGAGUAGUAAUGAAUUGGACAUGCGGAGUCUUUCGGCACUUGCAGCGGAGAACACUGGGCAUCUUACCAGACUGUCGGAAAUUCAGGCAGGUCCGGAGAACGAGGAGAGCUGGGCGGAGACUGCUCGAAUCGGGGGCAGGAUUAGAGCAAACGAUGCACGGCUCAGGCAAAUUGAACGCCGAUUCCGAUUCCAAAGGAAGGGAGCUCAGGGUGGGCCUGGUCUUUGA